UAAGAGAGCGAAAGAUCCCGGCAACGAGUCCCCGGCAACCCAAAAUUUCCCGCUUCACCGCGCGCGUCUCAUACCCUGCUCCUCACCAGUCCUUCCUGAACUUAAUCCAAGAUGGCCGCCCAUUCAAAGUUCAAAGCAACCCGAAGGAAAUCACUAGAAACUCAUAAAUAACCCUCAAAUAAUAUGAACAUAGAGCGAGUAUACUACCUUUUGAAUUCAAAUGCGGAGAGCCGUCAUCCUUGUGGUGCUUUUGUUUGCUUCUUUGUCGUUUCUAUUACUUCAAAUCAUCUCUAUCAGAGGACUUUAUGACCAGAACUCAUGGACAUCCAGAAUUGGAAAAGCUGUAGGACUUGGUAAUUUUGGAGCAAAAAAGGACAGCCCUGCCUGGAAAAACCUCAAAUCUAUAGCAGACAUCAGCCUGGAAUUCAAUGUCGAAUUUUUUAUAGUUGAUCCAGAGAUUCUUCAAGAUAUUGUCAUUGACCAGCUUUCUGUUAACAGCUCCUCAAAGUAUAUAUGGAACUUCGCACCUCAACUCUCAUCAGGUUGCCGACAUGUCUGUGGCAAGAAAAAAAUCAUACUUGGUGUGUUUGGUGACAGAUGGUCAGUGAUUAGGGACAAUUUCAUGCUUGCUUUGUUAAGAGAAGGUUUCCAAAACAACUGCUGCAAAGAUCAGGACCCAAGGCAGAUAACAGUAGACCAAACCUUAUAUUCAAGCAUUGAUUUACAUUGUUCCUUCGCCUCCAAGGGAAAUAUUAUUGACAUAGUCAUUUUUUAUCAACGGCAAGGCUUUUUGUGGCAUGGCUCUGCAUCAGAGGGAACUGGAAAGUUGGAUCAUGCUUUUGGUAAAUCACCUGGAGCAUUUGAUAAAUUCAYCUUAACCAAGACAUCUGUGGAUGACAUUGCCAUUUUUAUUCCAAAAAGGCCUAGUAAUUUUGUAUCAGAGAUGAAAUCUUCAAAGUUCAUUGAAUGUGAUGUGAAGCAAGCCCGUUCUUUUUAUUAUAAAUAUGGAGAAGGAGGAAAUCCUGAUGCAGAACUAUUUAUGUCACAGGCAAAAGAAGUGUUGAGAAAAGCCAAGCAAGCCCUUGAUGGGUUGGGCGUUAGGUUCUGGCUUAGUAGCGGGACAUGUCUAGGGUGGUAUCGGCAGUGUGGGAUCAUUCCACACAGUAAAGAUGUAGAUAUUGGUAUUUGGAUCAAGGAUUACGACACUAAAUUAAUUGACAGAUUUAACAGAUAUGGACUUAUUCUCUCUCACAGGUUUGGAAAGGUUGAAGAUAGCUUUGAGUUGUCAUUUAGGACUCAAGAGGAGAAAAUAAAAUUAGACAUAUUUUUCUUUUAUGAAGAAAAAGAUUACAUGUGGAAUGGUGGAACCCAAGCCAGGACAGGAAAGAAAUUCAAGUAUAUUUUCCCCAAGUUUACUCUCUGUUGGACCGAAUUUCUGUCAAUGAAGGUCCGCGUACCGUGUGAAACCAAAUCGUAUAUAGAAGCUAACUAUGGUCAAACGUGGAAUGUACCUGUUAAGACUUGGGACUGGAAAGCAAGUCCACCAAAUGUACGACCAAAUGGAGAGUGGGAUAAGAAAGAAUGGAGGGAAGUUAUUCAGAUGUUGUAAUGAUAAUGAUAAGAAUAAUAUUUAGGUUUGUGCGCAUCUGCUACUUACCCCCCUCACCCCAAAGUUUAUAUUUGGAAAGACGAAGAAUAAUUUCUCAUGGGAUUCGUGAUCUCUCGCGCGCGUACCUUGGUUGAUCCUGAAUGGCUAAUUUGUGAUAUCGCGCGCUUAGAGAAAGGAAGAAAGGAAAAGUUAGGAAGUGAAGGAAGGACAGACGGACGGACGGACAAAAAAGAAAAGAAAAUACUAACAAAAACGAUGUUCUUAAAACAUUUUAUUAUGAUGUAAUUAUAUUCACAUAAAAUACAAUAAUACAUUUUCCUGGUUACCAGAGGUUGCUAUGGUGCGUGGGGUUAGAGGGAGGAGCUCGAGUUUGAUACGGACCAAGCACUUUCUUUUUGACAAUCCAUUUUUUCACCAUCACACCAGGCAAUAACAAAAAUAAAUAUGCAUGAUAAUU